AUGCAGAGAAUUAUUAAAAUUGGGGGUUUAUAAUUAUUAAACUAAUACAAUGUAGAGUUUAAUAGUAGUAGAUUAAUUAAGAAUACUAAUGUUAUUCCAAUCUUGAUUGUGCAAUCUCUGAAGGGUUUAAGUAAGUACUUUAAAAAGGAUAAGUGUACUUAAAUUAACAGAUCCUGCACAUCACCAACCCUCAAAUAGAAUAUUGCUCGAAAGAAUUCUAAUCAGCUCUUGAAUUUUGUGAAUAGUAAUGAGAAUAGACCAGUUCCAAAUUUAUUCGAAAAUGUCCAAAGAUAGAAUAUAAAUGCACCUGUCUGUCAAAAUGCAACAAAGGGUAGAAUUUUAUUGAUCGUAAUGAAUAUUUUGAGUUAGGAGGAUUCGAAAUCCAAAUAUUUGCAAUUGAAAGAAACUUUGAAUCAGCGGAUUACUUCCCUAGAAUUAGAAUUUGAAAAGAGUUAUGCUAUUGAAAAAAAUGCUAAGAAUAUUGUUGAUUAAACUGAUAAUUACAAUCAUAUAGGAAUAGAGUAAGAGAGAUUGAAAUAGAUUUAGAAUUCAAGAAUCAGUAAAUAAAAAAACCAACAAUUGAUAACAAUUAAUUCUAGAUAAUAAUAAAUAAUGAAGAAAAAUAAGUUGAUUGAUUUAAGGAGAUAAUAUUUGAAAAGUCAGAAACAACCAUUUAUAACUAGUGCUAUGAAAUAGAUAAUUCAUAAAUAAAUUAUAAAAUUCAUACACCAUUCAGUCAAAAUUUAUCGAUAAUUUCGUCAUCGAUGGUGGAAAUGA